AUGUUCGCUCGUCGUUUGUGCGGAGCAGGCAGCCUUGCGGCCGCGUCACUGGCUCGCUGGCAGUCGUCGAAGGUGACCGGCGACGUCAUUGGCAUUGACCUGGGCACGACGUACAGCUGCGUCGCUGUGAUGGAGGGCGACAAGCCGCGCGUGCUGGAAAACACUGAGGGCUUCCGCACCACUCCAUCCGUUGUUGCCUUCAAGGGCCAGGAGAAGAUGGU